UGCAGUCAGGUGAUCAAGUCCUGCGUCCUGUAGCUUGAUAUAACGGUUACACUGAUGUUCUUGUCAUUUAAGUGCGAUUUAAAAUAAAUUAACCCCAUAUCAAAACCUUUUUAACAUUAAAGCACAUCGUUUGAUUCAGUGUUUAACUAAACGAGUGAAGAUGUCUGGAAAAGAACGGAUCGACAUAUUUCCUUCUAGAAUGGCUCAGAGCAUAAUGAAAGCUCGUCUGAAAGGAGCUCAAACCGGCAGGAGUUUGCUGAAGAAGAAAGCUGAUGCUCUUUCCAUGCGAUUCCGUCAAAUUCUUAGAAAAAUCAUUGAGACUAAGACGUUGAUGGGCGAGGUGAUGCGAGAAGCCGCCUUUUCUUUAGCCGAGGCCAAAUUUGCUGCUGGUGACUUUAGUACUACAGUCAUUCAGAAUGUAAACAAGGCUCAGGUGAAGGUCAGAGCAAAGAAGGACAAUGUUGCGGGUGUUACUUUACCUGUGUUUGAGCAUUACCAGGAGGGCGGAGACAGUUAUGAAUUAACUGGUCUGGCCAGAGGUGGAGAGCAGCUGUCUCGGCUGAAGAAGAACUACGCUAAAGCUGUCGAGCUGCUGGUGGAGUUGGCCUCACUGCAGACCUCCUUUGUGACGUUGGACGAAGCGAUCAAGAUCACGAAUCGCCGCGUAAACGCCAUUGAGCAUGUGAUUAUUCCCCGGAUCGAGCGUACACUAAUGUACAUCAUUACAGAGCUGGACGAACGGGAGCGAGAGGAAUUCUACAGGCUUAAAAAGAUCCAGGAGAAGAAGAAGCAGCACCGUGAGAGGACGGAGAAAGAGAUAGCGCAGCGCCUGGCUAAACUGGGCCCGAUCGCCGAACCCACGAACAUGCUAAGCGAAGAGGCGGACGAGGACCUGCUGUUUGAAUGAGACCUCGAAACCACCAGGUGGCGCUCCUCGUCGAGCGGUCCUCCAAGAAACCACAGCGUAUUUAUUCCUGUAUGGCCGAGUUGGUAAAGAGCAAACUUGUUUUGUGUACAUGUGGUUAAAGUGAAAAUAAUGUCACAAAAGCUAUCACAAAAAUGUUCUUGUUGGUUAUCUGAAUCCAGAGGUCCUAUUGAUGUUUAAUUGUUCAAGGGUUUUUUUGAUGACUGAACUCAAACGAAAACGUGUAAAGUGCAUAAAUUAAUUUAAAUGAUCAUUCCGUGGAAUUAUGCACAUUGUGUCGAGUCGCAUUGCAUGCAUACAUUAAACCACUGCAACCUAACCCUGCCAUCUACUGACGAUAUUCUGUGAUGAACCUCUCAUGUUUACUGUUGAUACACUUGUGCUCGUAUGAUCCGAAUCCAAAAGAUCAGCCCAGACUUUUCCAUAUGGUUGAGAAAUUAUUUUUCCCUUUAGGUCCCGCAGCGAUGUGCUCUCUCUUUCUGUGAUUUAAUUUCAAUAAAUGUUGUAAAUGGUCAUUUGAGGUUUAAUUCUUUAGCAAGGUGUACACUAUUAAGGUGCUGAGAAGAGAUGUAAUGCACCAAUAUUCAUUUGUUCUUAGGCCAAUACCUAUGUAAAAAAAUAAAUUUAGGCUGAUACCGUUGUUUUGCCACUUACCUUAUUUUUAAAGGUAAGUUAUCACUUUUGCUUAGGAACUACUGUAUGCAUAAAAAACAUCUAGCUUUUAUUUUGGCAUUUCGUGUGUUUUGGACAGUAGAUAAGCGGUUCGGUGCAUGGCCUAGUGCGAUUAGAAACCAAUUUAAUUCAGUAAAUAUAUAGUCUGUAUGUGCUGCACACUUCAGAGUGAUCUGCUCUUUGUCUUCUACUAUACACAAACACAGCGUGCGAUGGUCACGAUGAGGUGUUUUCAGUGUAUGAGCAGACGGCUUCACAUAACCAUUUUGUAGCGCGCAGCACACGCAGAUUAUAUAUUUAUGCAAUUAAAUCACAGACUUUUGCGGUUUAAUUAUAACACUAGGACAUAUUGCAAUUUUAAUUUGAUUAAUUGUGCAUUCAAACGUUCAUUUUCAACCAAUUAGAUCACAUUCCAUGACAUUUUAUAGCUAAUGCCGUUUUCUAGAUUCCUUGAUUCCAUCCGUGUUUUCUGCAUGCUGUGUGUGAUAAACGGACUCUGAUCAUUGAAUUCUUGAAAAAGGCUGAAUCACCACACCAUCAACUUAUGGUGUGAAUUUAUUAAAUGUUUUUUUUUGUUUUAAUCAGUGGUCUGACCAUCAUCGUUGUCUAAAUUUAAUAACUCAGUGUUUUUGUGGCUAAUACAACAGCAAUGUUGGAAUGGAAAAUAUUGUGCUUUGUACUACAACGAUCAGCCACAACAUUAAAACCACCAGUAUAAUAUUGUGUAGGUCCCCCUCGUGCCACCAAAACUGUGCAAACCUGUAU